UCAAAUCAUCACCUGUACCACUGGACCAGACACCGGUGGGACAUAGCAUGUGUCCUUUUACCACUACAGGACUUUAGCUGGAGGUAUAUUUGUGUAUAUUCUUUUGUGUGCUUCCAAACAGCGGGAAGGACAGCCAAAGAGUGGACCAUGCGGGUGCCUGUGGAAUUGUGCGUGCUCCUCAUCUCCCUGCAGGCGCCUGCUGUUUUGUACACCAUGAACAACAUCCCUGCUCUUCAGGAGCCUUUGUCCAUCCUGGGAACGGGAGCAGUCGUCCUGGGAACUGUUCUUCUUCUCUUCUUCCUCACUGUGCAACAUAAACAGACAGUGGAUCCUUUAUUUUAUGUUUUUGCAGAGUUUUCCUUCACUAGCCUGGUGGGUCUGACUAAUGCCCUGGAGCAGGAAGGCUUUAUAUCAGGAUUUAUGGGCUUCUACAUCAAGAUGGGUGAGCCUCAUCUGAGUACUGCCUACGCUGUGAUGAUGUCAUACUGGGAAGGCGUCGUUCACUCGGUCCUGUUGCUAACCAUCAUUCACCGCAUGUUCACAGGGAAGACCUAUCGCAGUCUGGCUCUGCUGUGGGCGGGGUCCUGCAUCAGCCAUCAACUUAUUCACAUCCCUGGAGUGGUUGUAGGUAAAUAUGGAUCUAAUAUUCGUCCAGCUUUUUGGAGGAACGCACCCUUUUUUUUAGCACCUUUUUGGGCAGCUUCUGUCCUUUUUAGGAGGCCCGGUGAGAUGCCAAUCAUCACAGCCGACAAGGUUGCAGCAGAGCAAAGGAAAGGUCUCUUAUCUCGACCUAUUGACCUCCAGUUCUCAGUGUUGCUACUAGGAGUGGUGGUCUUCUGUCUUUUUAGAGGCUUUGUAGUGCUGGACUGCCCUCUGGACUCCUGCUUCACUUACAUUUAUCAGUAUGAACCUUACCUCAAAGAUCCAGUCGGCUUCCCCAGGGUCACGAUGCUGGUCUAUUGGUUCUACGCUGUGCCCCUGCUGAUGGUUCUCAUCUACGGUCUAAGAACACCAGGCAGCAGCUGGAUGCUGGACUGGUCUCUCUUCUUUGCUGGAGCCACAUCUCAGGCCCAGUGGUGCCACAUUGGAGCGUCGCUGCACUCCCGCACAUCCUUCACAUACCGAGUCCCAGCAGACAAAUUGGGGCCUGUUAUCAUCCUCAAUGUUCUGCUUGCCGUCAUUCCGGCUCUCCUGGCUUUGCGCUGCCACACCAAUCCUGCUUAUUUCAUGAAAACUGUCCCCACAGAGCAGAGCAAUGGCAAUAAGAAGGAAAACUAAAGCACAAAGAGCAGCCUAAAGGGUUCUUCUGCAGGUACUCCCUUUGUCAAGACUAAUAGAAACCUGGAGGAAAGCCACAAUUUUUAUGUUAUUUUUUUACACGAGUGAGUCACCUUGUGCAGCACUCCCUGCAUGGACUGCUGGACCCUGAUAAGAAGGCCCUUGAUGGGGGUUAGGACUGUGAUCAGAUAGCGUAGCUUUCAGGUGGCCCAUGCAAACAUCCACUUUACAGAUCUUAAACCAACCAGCAGUUGAUUGCUUUGUCUCCAUACAGUCCGUCUACAUAACCGAAUGUAGCUUUAAUUCAAGUGACUCAUUAUUCCAACUAUUGCUUUUUAUACUGAACAAUAAAAAGGUGAAUGAUAUUACUACGCACACUCCAACCGUGACUUGGUUAGUUCCCUCUGGUUCAACAUUAACACACUGACACCGCUUAGACUGGACUUGAACCUUCACCUCCUGAUGAUGUCAUGCAUUACUGAUAAGAGGUGAACCCUGGAUAGA